AUAGGUAUUCUUUAAUUGAUGACCGACUACUUACAGAUACAAGUUACCUUGAGGAUUUACCCAGCCAUUUUUCUUAAGGUUGGUUUGGCAAGCUUAUAUAUAACGCCCGUGGAAAAUUGUUUUGGACUCAUAGCUAAACGUGUCAAUUUGGUAGCGAAAGAAAGACGUCGAGAUGUCCCGCUUACUUUCCAUUCUGAAUCUUUUCUUCUGCGCGAGUUACAUAAUUUGUGCUCCCCACGGCCAUCAUCGCAUCCACAAGAACUUCUACGUAGCAAGUGACGGCGAAGCAGCAUCACACACAAAUCUUGGAGCUUCAGGUGGAAUAAGUGUUGAAGGUUCGGCGACUCUCGGAGGUGGAGGCGGCGGCAUCGCCGUGGAAAAGCACAAGGUUAUCUCUGAAAAGGUUAUCGACGUCGAAGUGCCACCAGAGCCCGAAUUUAAAGCGCAAAAAACCGUAAUCGAACGCACUUACGUUCCUCAGUACGCCGAGAAAACGAUCAGAGUGCCGACAUACGUCGAAAAAACGAUCAGGGUACCGUCGUACGUGGAGAAAACGGUCAAAGUUCCAAUAGAGCCGAAGAUUAUCGAAAAGGAAGUCAGCCGUGAGCACGUUGUGGUCCCUGCGGUUAAGGUUACAAAAGAAGUGGGAUACGUCCAUAAUGGUGGUGCAGGUUUUAGUGCCCACGCCCACGGCGGAGGACUUUUUGAUGGAAUUUUUAAUAUCCCUAUUCAAACUUUGGGCGCCGUCAACGGAUUUCUCAACGGUUUAAGCGGUGGUGCUGGAUUCCACGUUGGAGCCUCGAAAGGAAUUGCCGUCUACUAGAACAUAUUUGUUACCACUAAAAGACCUUUUUAUAAAAAUGAAAAUAUUUUAUUGUUAAAUUAUACGAAAAGAAGAGAAACGUGA